UUUUCUUCUUCUCCCCUCCCUAAACUCAUAUUCCAUAGCUUCUCAAGUCUCCAGCUUAAAACACCAAACCCUAAGUUUCUUUCCUUUUCUUCAUUUUCGUGGAACAUUAUUGAUGUUUUGAGCUGUGAUGGAUAUGACGACUCAUACAACAGUAACACCUCCUCCUAAAUCACCUGAACCAGAACCCGAAACACCGACCCGGAUCCAACCGGCCAAACCCCUUUCCUUCAGCAACGGCGUCAUCAAACGCCACCAUCCUCCUCUCCUCUUCACUUACAAAGAAUGUCUCAAAAACCACGCCGCAGCGUUAGGUAGCCACGCGCUCGACGGUUGCGGCGAAUACAUGCCGUCUCCGUCGUUAGUCUCAACCGAUCCAACGUCUCUCAAAUGCGCAGCUUGUGGUUGCCACCGUAAUUUCCACCGCCGUGAACCAGCAGACAACGACCCCUCAAUCCCUCCACCUCCUCUUUCCUCAGUCGCCGCCACAGUUGAGUAUCAGCCUCACCACCGUCACCACCCACCACCACCACCACAACAAUUAGCUCCUCCUCGCAGCCCCAACUCCUCUUCUCCGCCGCCUAUUUCCUCAUCUUACAUGCUCUUAUCUCUCUCCGGGACUAAUAACAACAACAACUUAGCUUUCUCCGGGCCCCACCAGACCGGAUCUCGUAAGCGGUUCCGGACCAAGUUCAGCCAGUUUCAGAAAGAGAAGAUGCACGAGUUCGCCGACCGAGUCGGGUGGAAGAUGCAGAAACGCGACGAGGACGAUGUUCGAGAGUUCUGCCAUCAGAUCGGAGUUGACAAAAGCGUUCUCAAAGUCUGGAUGCACAACAACAAAAACACCUUCAACCGCCGCGAUAUCCAGUUCUCCGCCGCGGCCGGAGCCACCGAGAUCCACAAAAUAGAUAUCGGCGGUGGAGGAGUCCACGCUCCGGUUCUCGCCGGUGAAACUAACAAUAUCGGAGGCAACGAGCAGCUUCGCCACAGUGUUAGUAGCGGCGGAGGCGGGUUUGAUAGUGAUAGUGGUGGCGGUGGAGUUCACGGCGGUAACGUAAACGGGUCGUCGUCGUCGUGAAGUAAAGAUCAGAGUCAGAUUCAAUAAAGAAGCCUUAAGCUUUGUAGCUUUAGACUAAGCCACUCGUAUUAUCAUCGUUGAUAACUUCUAUUAGUUUUAAUCAAAAACCUUAAGCUCAUGUGUUUGGUUCGUAGUUUAAUUUUUAGUUUUUUUUUUUAAAUUUAAAAUGCACUUUUUACCACGACGUUGUCUCGCUUGAUGAGGAAUAAUAGCAUUGCGAAUUAAUUC